CGGCCGCCAGACAGGGCCAUUCCCCGCUCAGUGUAGGCAGUGUGUGUAGGUGUGGGCAGACAGCUCUAUGGCCCAAGUGCUGGUGCAGAUACCAUUAGCUUAAUUCAUCCCGUUUGGAAACUUUUAGUGGUUUUUCCCAAUCAGAGUGUCAAGUAUGGGAGACUAACAGCAACACUGAACAUGACAACACGAGACUCAGCCGCCGUGGAAAACAUAACAAAUCGUGUAAGUGAGACAUGAGUGGUCUGUGGGAAGCCGCAUCAAAGGGCGUUGCGGGGGCAGAGGCGACCGGGAGCACACUGGAGGCAGCGGCGGGGCGCGUGUCUGAGGGCGCAGCUCAAGUGAUGGCAGGUGGGAGGAGUGUGUUAACCUCGGCCGCUGAUGGAGCAGAGGGCGUGGCGUCAUCCAUCAGCGAGGGUGCCCAUCUUAUGGGGUCUGCGGUAGACACGGCGGGAAGUGCCCUACAGGAGACCAAGGGCGCCCUCGCCAACCUGACCCUACCCGUCACCGCAGAGGCUAAGCCGAAAAGCAUGUUGGAGGAGUACGCCCCCGUGAUGGGCGGCGUGGUGGCGGCGGCGGCGGUGGUGGCAGCGACCUACUACCUCACACGCCCCCCCUCCGUGCCGCCCAUGGUAGACUUGAACGAGCAGAGCCACCUGGUGAAGGAGGGGAGCGAACUGAUCAGAGUGUCCAAGCUGUCCAAGGAGGCGAAGGAGACCAAGUUUAUGAAGUAUGUGUACGAAGACACCCGCACCCUCUACGAUGUGUUCCGACGAGGCGUGAGAGAGUCAAAUAAUGGUCCCUGUCUGGGUUACCGCGAGGGGCCUGGCAAGCCGUAUCAGUGGCUGCAUUACAACGAGGCGCUCCUGAGGGCUAAGAACUUUGGGGCAGGUCUGGUUUCCUUGGGCCUUCCCCCAGGGCCAGACACCUUCGUGGGUAUCUAUUCUCAAAACUGUCCCGAGUGGAUCCUGACGGAGCAGGGCUUGUACUGUCAGUCCAUGGUGAUUGUGCCUCUCUAUGACACAUUGGGGCCAGAAGCCUGCAACUUCAUCAUCAACCAGGCUUCCAUCACGACAGUGGUGUGCCAGGAUGACCGUAAGAUGGCUCAGGUGCUGCAGAGUCCCCCCAAGUGUUUGAAGAUACUCAUCGCAAUAAAGGACAUUAGCGCUGAGACCUCCGAGCGGGCCAAGAAAUUAGGCAUUACCAUAAAAUACUUUGAGGAAGUGGAAACCAUGGGGGCAGCCAGCCAACUACCUGAAUUACCUCCAAGGCCCGACGACCUGUGCACCAUAUGCUACACUUCUGGCACGACUGGCAACCCAAAGGGCGUCAUGCUGACUCAUGAAAACAUAGUCGCUGAUGUGUCAGCAACUCUCCUGCAGCUGGCAGAACACAAGCCACACAAGAGUGAUGUGUUGUUAUCCUUCCUGCCCCUGGCACACAUGCUGGAGCGCUGCUGUGAGGUUGCUGUCUACAUCGCUGGUGGUGCCGUGGGCUUCUACUCGGGAGACAUUCGAAAUCUUGUUGAUGACUAUAAGGCGUUGCGCCCAACCAUUACCCCAUCCGUCCCACGUCUCCUCAACAGAGUGUACGAUAAGGUUACUACUGCAGUGAAUGGAUCUGCAGUAAAGAAACUCAUGUUGAAAAUGGCACUGGCAAGCAAGAAAGCAGAACUUGAGAGGGGUGUGAUAAGAAGAACCUCCAUAUGGGACAAGCUGGUGUUCAAGAAGGUUCAGGAUGGCAUGGGGGGCCGCUUGAGGUUACUGGUGGUGGGGUCGGCGCCCCUGGCCGGCAAUGUCCUCACGUUCAUGAGGGCAGCACUGGGCUGUGUGAUUGUUGAGGGCUAUGGACAGACUGAGUGUGGAGCUCCUGCCACCUUGACCAUCCAGGGUGACUAUAAGCCUGACCACGUGGGUCCUCCCAUCGCCUGCAAUGCAAUCAAGCUGGUUGACGUCCCAGACAUGGAUUACUAUGCAUCCCAGGGGCAAGGUGAAGUGUGUAUCAAGGGCACCAAUGUGUUCAAGGGUUACUUCAAGGACCCAGACAAAACUCGGGAAACACUGGACGCCGCAGGAUGGCUCCACACAGGCGACAUUGGCCAGUGGCUGCCUAAUGGCACAUUAAAAAUAAUUGACCGCAAAAAGCACAUAUUCAAGCUCUCACAAGGUGAAUACAUAGCACCGGAGAAAAUAGAAAAUAUUUAUGUACGAUCACAAUAUGUAGCCCAAGUAUUUGUGCACGGAGAAAGUCUCAAGUCAAGUGUGGUGGCUAUCGUGGUGCCGGAGGUGGAGUCAGUGAAGGGAUGGGCCCGGGAGCAGGACAUCCCUGGCACGCUGUCUGUGCUCUGUGCCAACCCUCAUGUAAAGCAGCUAAUAAUGGACGACAUCACCAACCUUGGGAAGGCAGCUGGUCUCAAGUCCUUCGAGCAGGCUAAGGACAUAUACCUUCAUCCAGAUCUGUUCAGCGUGCAGAAUGGCCUCCUCACCCCAACCCUCAAGUCCAAGAGGCCACAACUCAAAAAGUAUUUCACCCCACAAAUUGAUGACAUGUAUGCCAAGCUUCCCUAGAGUUCCUGGCCCAGGUCAGCUAGCAUAUUUGUUACUUAAUGGAAUGGUGAAUGUGUGUGUGUUUUGAGUCUGAGAAGUGGAAGAGUGAGUUUUGAAUGACUGGAAGUGUUUGACUUGUGCCUCAUAUUACCUGUAUUAGACAAUAUUUUAUGUUGAAAGUAGAAAAGAUUCUCAUCAUUAUUUAUUUGAAGUACAUAAUUAUGGUUAUGCUUAAAGAUUGUUAUAAAACUCAUUCAUGGUGAAUACCAAUGGUUCACUAGCUUUGACAUGGUUGUAAUAUUAUAGGUCAAAACAAGUGAAAAUUUAUAAGUGUAAGUAGGAAGGUCACCUUCUAUAAAUAGUUUGCAGUGGUUAACACAUUUAUCUACAACAGCUUCAUUGUUUUAAUGUAUGGCUUAUAAAUUUUUCUGAGCUUUAUUGUAAAACUGAAAAAUGUCACAUAUUAGGAAAACCUAUGUAAAGUUUAUAUGAAUAAUUGCCAGCUGUUAAGGUGCCAGAAUUCAGGUAUUCGUAGAAAAUACUGAAAUAUGUGAAGUGUACUCCAGUUUCCAUAUAUUUUGUAAUGUGCAAUAAAACUAAUAAUGUAAUACUUAAAAUUUUACUAUAAAUUUAAAGUGAUCAAAUCCAAACACACACACACACACACACACACACACACACACACACACACACACACACACACACACACACACACACACACACACACACACACACACACACACAUACAAAUAUAUAUAUAUAUAUAUAUAUAUAUAUAUAUAUAUAUAUAUAUAUAUAUAUAUAUAUAUAUAUAUAUAUAUAUAUAUAUAUAUAUAUAUAUAUAUAUAUAUAUAUAUAUAUGCUGAACCAUGAUUUAUGGAUGUUCAGACUUGGACAUUUUUAAAGUUAUGAUAAAUAGUUUUUUUUUUCCUUUUAUUAACAAAUAACCAAUGUAUUUUAAGAUGCUACAUUUUGGAAGACAUAUUCCAGUUUUGAAAGGACAACUAAAAAAAAGAAAAGUCAUCUAUCAUCUGUACUGAACACACAUCACUUGAUACACUUACAGUUUUACAAGUAAACAUUGCUGCUGCCUCACACUUGAUCGUUUAUCUCUGUCACUCACCCAGUUUUGCUAAUAUGAUGACAGAUUUACUUUUUAUAAGGAGGAGAUAGAGGCAUGUCUUCACAAGUCUCUUCCAGGGCAUGCUAAACAGCUGUAUGGGCAGCUUAGGUCCUGAACAUAAAAGCAACUUAUUUGUGAUAAUUGAAUCACUGAGAAUGUUCCUGGACCUUCUUUGAGAGGAUACAAAGCCAUACUAACUUUAAAUAGAUCAGUUUCAUUGGUGACCACCUUGAAAAACCAGACGCCUUGGGUCACCAGAGGCAGCUUUGCAACUAAGCCUUUUACAUUGACUACAAAAACACUUUUUAAGCAAAUGUACAUUUGUAUCAUUGCUUAAAGAUACACUUGAUUACAUAAAAGUGAAUUAAAGUAGAAUGUCAGGUCAAUGCAUCAAUGAUACAUCAAUAAAUAAUUCAGUGUGAGGAGCCUGAGCCUUCCACCCUGACUUCUGACUGCUGCCAAGUAGCCAGAGGUGAAGACACUUGUAUGCAGAGCUUCUCACACUGUACUGGUAUUAUUAGUUAAAUGGUGUCUUAUGAUACCAAAAGUAGUGAAGACUUUAGAAAACUACUUUUGUUGACUAUCUAUUAUGUUAUUUGUUGUCCAUACAUUAUAUUUUACUAUGUAGAAUUCUUAGAAACAGAUGAUACUUGUAAUAAUAUUUCCUUUUUCCCAUUUAUCAACUACCCAGUGAUAGUUGAUAUCCUGGUGAAGUUUACUUUGUUCUUGCCAAAAAUGUUUCUCAGUCAAAUUGAUUUUAUUCAUGUAAAUAAAUGGGAAAUUUCAUCAACAGUUUGGUGAUGCCUUAAAUAUCCUAUUACUUAUACAUGUUAUCUAUUGAUAUACAAUAUAUCUGCAUGUUUGUAAUACAAUACCUAUGUCACAAAUCUAUUAUAUACAAUAUCUCUUAUGUUUAAUGACAUUCUAAGGAUGUGGUUUAUACUCACUGGAAUGUGUCUUGCCAGAUAUGAUGUAUUUGUUGAGAAAAUAUCUGAUUUAUAUAUUUUUUUGAAAGAACUUAAAUCAUUCAUAAAUUGUGGUUAACCUGUACACACACACACACACACACACACUGUGAAAAAGAUCCCUUUAAGUUAUGAAAACAUUGUACAGCUUUCCAAUGUAAAGUAAAUGACUAGCAUGAUCUCUUUUGGUGAGUGAAAGCAUCAAGUGGCCCAAAAGUCAGUUACUGUGUGUACCUAAUGAAUGAGGUGAUUAGAAAUGUACAUUUUAAACCUCAUAUUUCACAAGUAUUGAUGUAAGAAUGUAUCUGUGGGAAGGGGUAUUCUAGUCAGAUUUCUGAAUUAGUAAUAUCAAAAGUGCAAGACAUUAUCAUGCAUUCAGUUCUGUGGUUGUAUGUUUAUAAGCUUCAUAUGAGGUUACAUGUAAAUGUUACAAAUAACAAGCUCUAAGGUUUUUAGCUCUCGCACCGGCAUGUAUGUGUACAGUACUCACAGUCUCAUUUUAUCAAAUUUACUUGGACUUCUGGUGACCACAGGCAGCAAUAAUUGUUACUAGGAGCUGGGGAGGGAAGCAGGCUGGGAAAAGGGAAAUUAAUUCAGUUGUUCUUUAGUUAUCCUUUACUUCUAAAUGACUUCAAAAUCAAACAGGUAUUAUAUUUUACUCCAUGAAAAUAUUCAUUUGUAAUAUCAUAGUCUGUUUGAAGAAGUCCAUAAUUAUUUCCAAUAAAUUUGAUAAUUGGA